AUGUGGGAACUCCGGUCCAUAGCCUUCUCCAGGGCGGUGUUUGCAGAGUUCCUGGCCACACUCCUCUUCGUCUUCUUUGGCCUCGGCUCAGCCCUCAACUGGCCAAAGGCUCUGCCCUCUGUGCUGCAGAUCGCCAUGGCCUUCGGCCUGGGUAUCGGCACCCUGGUGCAGGCUCUGGGCCACGUCAGUGGGGCUCACAUCAAUCCUGCCGUGACUGUGGCCUGCCUAGUAGGCUGCCACGUCUCCUUUCUCCGAGCUGCCUUCUACGUGGCCGCCCAGCUGCUGGGGGCUGUGGCAGGGGCUGCUCUGCUCCAUGAGAUUACGCCACCAGACAUCCGAGGGGACCUGGCUGUUAAUGCACUCAACAACAACACGACAGCUGGCCAGGCCGUUACCGUGGAGCUUUUCCUGACCCUGCAGUUGGUGCUCUGCAUCUUUGCUUCCACAGACGAGCGUCGCGGAGACAACCUGGGCACGCCUGCCCUCUCCAUCGGUUUCUCUGUGACCCUGGGCCACCUCCUUGGGAUCUACUAUACUGGCUGCUCCAUGAAUCCUGCCCGCUCCCUGGCUCCUGCUGUUGUCACCGGUCUUCUGGAUCGGACCCCUGGUGGGCGCCAUCCUGGGCUCCCUGCUCUACAACUACGUCCUGUUCCCGCCGGCCAAGAGCCUGGCGGAGCGCCUGGCCGUGCUCAAGGGGCUGGAGCCCGACGCCGACUGGGAGGAGCGCGAGGUGCGGCGGCGGCAGUCGGUGGAGCUGCACUCGCCGCAGAGCCUCCCGCGGGGCAGCAAGGCCUGAGCGCGCCGCCCGCCCGGCCCCGAGGCACCCCCGCCCCCGGCUCGGGGGAGCGCCGAAUGACUGCCUGCGGACCGCCCGCCCCGCCCCGCCCCUCCUCUCCCCAGGUCCGCAGCCGGCCCCGGUACCGAGCAGCCGCUGCCGGGGCUGCGGGGUGGCGGUGAGCCCGGCAGCCCUUC